AUGGAGCUCUGGAACUCCACCUUGGUAAGUGGGUUCAUCUUGAAGGGGAUUCUGGAUGAUAGUGGUUUUCCUGAACUGCUCUGUGCCACAUUCACAGCCCUGUACUUUUUAGCUCUGACCAGCAAUGGACUGCUGCUCCUGGUCAUCACCAUGGAUGCCCGACUCCACGUGCCCAUGUAUCUCCUACUCGGGCAGCUCUCUCUCAUGGACCUCCUGCUCACAUCAGUUAUCACUCCCAAAGCUGCUGUAGAUUUUCUGCUCAAAGAUAACACUAUCUCUUUUGGGGGCUGUGCCCUUCAGAUGUUUCUUGAACUGGCACUGGGUACUGCAGAGGACCUUCUUCUGGCCUUUAUGGCCUAUGACAGGUAUGUAGCCAUUUGUCAACCUCUGAACUACACAAUCCUAAUGAGUCACAAAGUCUGCUGGCUUAUGAUAGCCACAUCCUGGAUCCUGGCAUCCCUCAGUGCUCUAGGAUAUAGCAUCUACACCAUGCAAUAUCCCUUCUGCAAAUCCCGCCAGAUCAACCACCUGUUCUGUGAGAUCCCUCCACUGCUGAAGCUGGCCUGUGCAGACACCUCCACAUAUGAGCUCAUGGUUUAUUUGAUGGGUGUGACUGUUCUGAUUCUCCCUCUUGCUGCCAUCCUGGCCUCCUACUCAGUAAUCCUGUUCACUGUGUUAAACAUGCCCUCAAAUGAGGGCAGGAAGAAAGCCCUUGUCACCUGCUCUUCCCACCUGACUGUGGUUGGCAUGUGGUAUGGGGGUGCUUCCUUCAUGUAUAUCCUGCCUAGUGCCUUCCACAGCCCCAAGCAAGACAAUAUCAGCUCAGUUUUCUACACAAUUGUCACCCCAGCUCUGAAUCCCCUCAUCUACAGCCUGAGGAAUAAGGAGGUCACUGGUGCCUUAAGGAGAGUCCUGGGGAAAUGA